AUGGGUACUAAAAGCAUUCUAGGCUGCCUCUUCCUGCCUCUCCUUCUCAGUCUCUGCCAAGCUGGGCUAGUGAGAAAAAUACUUAGGCAUAAACGGGCGACUCUGACAGCCCCGGGCGGAGACAACAUAACCCUCCCCAGUGCUGACCAGCCAGUGGUCUUCAACCAUGUCUACAACAUCAACGUCCCCGCUAGCUCCUUGUGCUCAGUGGACCUGGAUGCGCCAGGAAGUACCAGCCUUGAGCCCCAGGAUGCAGUUCCGCCAUCAGGCCUCCACACCACCGAACAUACCCUGGAUGGGCAGAACCAGAUCGUUUUCACCCACCGCAUUAACAUUCCUCAGCAGGCGUGUGCAUGCACCAAAGGGCUCCCGGAUUUGAAGGACCUCCUGAGCAGGUUGGAGAUGCUGGAGGGAGAGCUGUCCACACUGAGAGAUCAGUGCACUACUGGAGACACUGGCUUCUGCAGCGCUCAGCCAGUCACAGGUACAGUAUUGUAUUCAUGUCAAUCUAAUCACCCCCAGCUUCUGAUUGGCUCAUUCAACCCCUCUCCUCUCCCCUGGUUGUUGCUGUAAAUGAUCAUGUGCUCUCACUCAACUUACCUAAAUAAAGGGUUAGAAAACACAACAAAACAGUUAUGAUACUGAAAAUAGUAUAAUUGGGACAAGUUUAGGUGGUUUUGAAUGACAAAGGGUUGAGAAAUCCUGAUAUAUUAUAGCAUGCUUAGGACGGCUGUCACCUCAUCACGUCCCCUUCCUUCAGAGGCACAUCAGUUUUACUCAACCUCUGGGAAGCUUCAAUGGAAUUGAAUGUGGGGUUGGGCUUAGCAGUGCUUUCUCUUUUACAGGGAAAAAUGCUCUUCAAAAUUGAAUGAAAAUCGAAGCAUAGACAUACUCUGUGCUGAUUAGAAGAUUGUUAUUCAGGACAUAAUUGGGUUUUCAAACAUGUCUCUGGCCUAUGAUGAUAAUACUUGAUUACAACAUUUCUAAAUGGCAUUUGUUAGAGAAGUAAAUUGGGGGAUGAGGGGCGGGGUUAUGAUUGAGAGGGUUGUAAUCACUAAAUUCUGCUCCUUUAGGUGAGGUGGCGACCAAGCCUUACUGCAAUGGCCGUGGCAACUACAGCGCUGACACCUGUGGUUGCAUUUGCAAGCCUGGCUGGAAGGGACCCAAUUGCACCGAGUCUGAAUGCCCCAAUGACUGCCAGGACCAAGGUCGAUGCGUAGAUGGGAAAUGCAUCUGCUUCGAGGGCUUUGGCGGGAACGACUGUUUGCUUGAGGUUUGCAAAGUGGACUGUGGUGAGAACGGACAAUGCAUUGGCGGGGUCUGCGUCUGUGCCGAGGGUUUCACUGGAGAGGACUGUUCUCAGACUGACUGCCUGAACAACUGCUUAGGCCGUGGAAAGUGCGUGGAUGGGGAGUGUGUGUGUGAAGAGCCCUGGACGGGCUCCGACUGCUCCGAACUCAUCUGCCCCAACGACUGCUAUGACCGUGGACGCUGCGUCAACGGAACCUGCUACUGCGAAGAAGGUUUCACCGGGAAGGACUGUGGGGAGACAACCUGCCCCAGCGACUGCAUGAGUCAUGGUUUCUGUGUGGAUGGCCAGUGUGUCUGCAGCACUGGCUACACCGGAGAGGACUGCUCCAAGCUCACCUGCCCUGGUGACUGCAACGAUAGAGGUACCUGCUUCAAUGGCAUGUGUAUCUGCGAUGCUGGCUACCAAGGAGAGGACUGUAGCCAGCUAGCUUGCCUCAACAACUGCCACAACAGGGGACAGUGCGUCAAUGGGCAGUGCCACUGCGACAUAGGCUACCAGGGAGAGGACUGCUCUGAGCUCUCCUGCCCCAACAACUGCCUCAACCGGGGCCGCUGUGUCAACGGACAGUGUGUAUGCGAUGAAGGCUUUGGUGGAGAGGACUGCAGUAUUAUGACCUGCCCCUCGGACUGCUACGGCCGUGGAGACUGUGUGGACGGCCGGUGUGUCUGCUAUGCUGGCUUCACUGGUGAGGACUGCGGCGAGCUGAGCUGCCCCAACAACUGCCUGAACCGCGGUCGCUGCGUUGACGGACAGUGCGUCUGCGAUGAGGGCUUCACAGGGGAAGACUGCAGUGAGAAGCGCUGUCCCAAUGACUGCCUGGGCCAGGGAUACUGUGUGGAUGGCAAAUGUGUCUGCCAGGACAGCUAUGCGGGUGACGACUGCUCUGAACUCACCUGCCCUGAUAACUGCAACAACAGGGGGCGCUGUGUUAAUGGGAAGUGCAUUUGUGAGGAGGGAUACAUGGGAGACAACUGCGGAGAGCUGAGCUGCCUCAACAACUGCCAGGACAAGGGCCGCUGUGUGAAUGGACAAUGUCUCUGUGAUGAGGGAUACAUUGGAGAAGACUGCUCAGAAGGUAAGAAUGGUUUCAUUCAACUGACCCACUCUUUGAGAGAAAAAAACGGGAUAAUUGAGUUUAGUUCAUUUGUUAACUUUGUAUGCUUGAUAUUUCCAUGUGCUGGUUGAAUGCCACAUUAUAUCCAAUUACUUAUUUUUCCGUUAUGUUUUAUACUCUUAAUGUAAUAAAAUCCCCAAAUAAGAGAAACCAUUUAAAUUAAUUUCAAUGGGGUUUUGCGAAAAGGAUUAAAACUUCCAUCUAUGAUUUCCUCUGAUGCCAAAAGCUGUGCAUUUCAGUUGUCUGUACUUCUGUCUCAAAGAUCUUUGGCGGUCCAAACCACUACCAGAUGUGAUUCUGGGGAAAGCAUUAGCUUUGUGUAGAGGAUUGUUAGUGGCUGAGUGGCUUUGGAUAAAAGUGUCUGCUAAAUGAAAUAUAUACAGUAUAUUAUAUAUUAUUAUAUUGAGGGCAUGGGAAACUUAGUGUCUGAGACAAUAAAAAGCUCAGACAAAAAUAUAACUAUUUUCUGUCCCUCUAUUUUCUUUCUUUCUCUUUCUCUUUAGUUUCCCCUCCAAAGGACCUGAUUGUAACAGAGGUCACCACUGAGACAGUGGACCUGACCUGGAAUAAUGAGAUGCUGGUGACAGAGUAUCUGAUCACCUAUGUGCCAAAUGGUCCUGGGGGUCUGUAUCAGGAGUUCACAGUGGCCGGAGACAAGACUGCUGCCACUGUCAGCGAGCUGGAGCCUGGCAUCGAGUACUUGAUCAACGUCUAUGCCAUCCUCAGCAACAAAAAGAGCAUCCCAAUCAGCGCCAGGGUAGCCACACGUAGGUCAUGCCCGUUUAACGAAGCUCGCGUAAUAAGACAUCUUGCCUAAGAUCUGAAAACUUGGGUCCCUGAGCAGUCUGGGUUCAUGGCAAUAUGAUCCACUUUAGUAUAAAAGUAUAAAAACCUAUUUGCACAUAUUAACUGUAAUCAGAAUGGUAUUCAGUCCAGUGGAGAACAUUUCACAGCACAAUGUUUACACAAGGCUUUCCUUUUAAGAAUAAGGGAUUCCAACACAACCACUAGAUUUGACUGAUGCUUUUCAAGGUUUGAAACCACACACUGUCUCGAUGCACAAGGUUUUGUCAUCAGGCAUAACAUAUUAUUGUGUCUCUCUGUCCUGCCAGAUCUGCCAGAACCAGAAGGCUUGAAGUUCAAAUCAGUGAGGGAGACAUCAGUAGAGGUGCUGUGGGAUCAGCUGGACAUUCCCUUUGAUGCCUGGGAGCUCUACAUCCGCAACAUGGUCAGUCUGUCCAUAUCUCUUUGCAAUCUAUCCAUCUCUCUGCAAGCGAUCUCUGCUGGGUCUUGCCUAGAAUUCCACUAAACAGCAGGGACAAGAUGACAGAUUUACACAAGCUGGCUUUGCUCUUGAAAUGCUUGGCUAUUUAUCAUGUCCAGUGAAGUAGCAGUAACUAUCACGGUUGGGGUUGUUCAUUUUUCAAUUCAGACAACUCAAAAUAACAAGGUUAAAAAUGAAACAUACACAAUAAACCACAAAUUGCUUUUACACUACCGAAGUGUGCUGUACUUUACACUGAAGAAUGACGUUGAUGUGAACUGGUACGUGGAAAAUAACUGUGCAUUGCCUCAGAUCACAAAUCUAAGGGCUUAUUGUUACUUGCACACUUUCUGCUCAGCUGCUAAUGGCAAAGGUCUGGGCAGCCAUAACCCAUGAAACUCUUCUUAAUGUCCCCAAGUUCAUUUUCACAAAGGGCUGUAUCCUCGUUUAAACAUUCCUCAAGGAGGUCUCUGGCAGCCAGGACAUGUUCAGCAGUGUUUAUUGCUUAUCCCAUUCUCCUCAGCACUUGGACUUUAUUGCCCCAUACAUAACAUUUAAGGACCUGUGAUCCAUGAUCAGCACUUCAUCCCUAUCACUAUGGGCCAAAUGAGCUUUGUUUGCAGCAUUCUUAUGAGGCAAUCAAAGACCUGCUAAAAUAACCAUGGAAUAAUGAAAUAUUGUAACAAUUGUUAUUGUUUAACUCAACAUUAACUGUGUGAAAUAUUUAUUUUGUUGAUUGACACAUUGAUGUGGCUUACCUCAGUUAGCCUGUUGGAUAUGUAAGUAGGCUAUGUCUUAUGUAUGAAUCCAGAAAUGGUAUAUUAAAAACAGUAUGUAUUUGUCCUUUCAGAAAGAGGAGAGUGGGAAAACCCUGACCACCCUUCCAUCCUCCCAGACCUUGUAUGAGCAGUCAGGGCUAGGUCCUGGUCAGGAGUACGAGGUCUCAGUGGGCAUCAUCAAGAACAAUACUAGGGGACCACAGUCUACUAAAAUCAUCACUACCAGUAAGCUUACACCACAUUUUAAUGUGUGUAAUGUUCCCCCCCCCCCCCCCCCUAGCCCGGUGCAGAUAUGUAUGUGCAUGUCAUACAUUAAUUAAUCUAAACCAGGCUUCUCCCAUUCAUCCUGGUGACUACCCACAUCCCAUGGGGUGGAUAAGGAAAAUGCUUACACCUCACAAAUCACUCAAGCAGACAGAGGAACAACUGAACAGACCAAUUUAACUGUCAGCCAUGGCAUGAGGAUUAGAUGGAAAAAGUGGCUAAACCCCCAUUGUCGUUUCACACAGUUCAAUUUAAAUUUCUUAAGGAUUGUACCCAUUUUUUCAAUUUUAGCCUAAAAUGACAUAUCCAAAUCUAACUGCCUGUAGCUCAGGACCUGAAGCAAGGAUAUGAAUAUUCUUGGUACCAUUUGAAAGGAAACACUUUGAAGAUUGUGGAAAUUUGUUAAUGUAGGAGAAUGUAACACAUUAGAUCUGGUAAAAGAUAAUACAAACAAGAAAACAUGUAUUUUCUUGCCUCAUCUUUGAAAUACAGGAGAAAGGUCAGACAGUGAUGUAGGAAUAUAGGUGUAAUUUAGAUUUUGUCCACAAGAUGGCAUCAUUGUGUGUGCAAAGUUUCAGACUGAUCCAGUGAAGAAUUACAUUACUACACAAUAUUUUGUAUAAAGUCUGCCAGGAGUUUUCCCCAAAAGAAUGCUACAUUUUAUCUCUGGGACCCUCGGGCUGACAAAUCAGAGCAAGAUUACUGAAUGUAAGUACAUUAUUUACCUUCAGAGGUGAAUGUAUCAAACCAGUUGCCUUGACAAAAGUGUUUUGUUGUUGUGCAUUAUCCUCAAACAAUAGCAUGGUAUUUUAUUUCUGUAAUAGCUAAAGUAAAUUGGACACUGCAGUUAGAUUAACAAGAAUUUAAGCUUUCUGCCCAUAUAAGACAUGUCCCGGAAAGUUGGCAUUGUUUACAACUAGUCUAGUCACAUAUUGCAUAUUGAGCAGCUACCAUCCCGGUAUAGGGACACCGAUCCCGUAGAGGUCAACAGUAUUUUUUGCAAAAGUGAACAAUGCUGAAUUUCAGCCCAGCCUGCAUAUUACAAUAGACUUUUUUUUUAUAUUUCAAGGAGCCCUGCCAUAAGCUCUUAACAAGGGUUUACCUUAGCUUUUACUGCCCACUGUUACUCCAUACAUUAAGGUCAAAUGGGUUUCUAGUGUGAACCAUGCUACCUCCUCGUCCAUGGAAAAGCCAUUUAAUUUACAAUUCCUCGUUGAUGGAGCCUAUAAAUAUCUUCUACUUCUGACUCAUGCGUAAUUUAUUUAUACAGGCUUAAGUUCAGCACAGCUUUCAGGAAUGAGGAAUGAUAGAAGUAGGUGAUUUAUACAGUGUGAACCUAUGGCCUAUAUCACCCAGUGAAGUCACCACAGCAUGGAAUUGAGAAACUUCUCCUGUGAAAAUAAACACAGGAACUUACCAAAGGUCAUGUCAGAACACAGAUCAGUGACAUCACAUACCAAACAGUUAAUGACAUUGGUUAUGCCAUAAUUAUAGCAAUGUUGUGCAGGUCAUAAAAUGUAGUUAAAAUAAAACCAAUACUCCUUGUGUCCUUGUGUCUCUAGCCCAAAGGGAGCACUUAAAACAUUUAUGUGAUCAUUGUCCAUAACAAACAGCACAUACUUUCACCCUUUUUAUUUAAUCCUUAUUUUACCAGGUAAAUUGACUGAGAACACAUUCUUAUUUACAGCAAUGACCUAGGGAAUAGUUACAGGGGAGAGGAUGGGGGAUGAAUGAGCCAGCAAUAGUCAUCCUUAACAUAAUGUAUUCCUUGUGUCCCUUUCUCCCAGGGAUUGAUGGGCCCAGGCAGGUAGAGGUGCGUGAUGUGACAGACAGCUCAGGCUUGGUCACCUGGUUCCAUCCCGUGGCUCAGGUGGACGGUGUCACCGUGUCCUACGGCCCCUACUCCGACCCCACAGAGAGGACCAGCGUGGACCUGUCCACCACAGACAAACAGUACAGCAUUGACAGCCUCAGCCCAGACACUGAGUACCAGGUGUCCCUGGUCUCCAGGAGGGGAGACAGCACCAGCGAUCCAGUCACUGAGAUAUUCACCACAGGUAGGGGCUUUAUUUUAUCCACUUUUGAUAAGUGCAAAACUGUGUUUGAGUACACUACAUUUUUACAGUCCCAAUUCAAUUCCAUGUCCAGUCCCUUUUUUAAAGUGUACCUGAUAACAUCAUGCGCGCUUGGAUUUAUCAAGAGUCGACUGUCAACAGUCUUCUUGCAUUGUUACAGACCUGGACGCCCCCAAGGACCUGCAGCCCCUGGGCCAGACAGACGACAGCGUCACACUGGAGUGGAGAAACAGCCAGGCAGACGUUGACAGCUACAGGGUGAAGUACAGCCCUAUCUCUGGGGGUUCCCAUGGCGAAGAGGUGUUCCCCCGUGGAUCAGGAGAAAACACUCAGGCCACUAUCACUGGUGAGGGUCAACCAUGACCAAAUCCUAACAUGCAAUUAUGUCAGUAGAAUGACAAACACAACUUUGUUACCCUUGAUGUCAAUCAAAUCAGGUACUCAAAUCCAUCUCUGUUCUGCUCGAUUGCAGGACUGAAGCUAAUCAGGUAAUCAGGUACUCAAAUUAAUCUCUGUUCUUCUCCAUUACAGGUUUGAAGCCGGGUACAGAGUACGGAAUUGGUGUGACCGCCAUGAAGAACGAGAGGAAGAGCCUGCCUGCCACUACAAACGCAGCAACCAGUGAGAGCAUACGUUGACACAUUUUCAUAGGAUAGCCACUGUUCAACAGGAGUCCAAAUAUCCACCACCAUAACUGACCACAAACACUCUGCAGUUGUAGAUAUAACAUUAGGCAACAAUAUGAGGCAAACAUAGGUGAUUUAUGAGGUUCUGAUGUUUCUAAGUGGUUUGGGAAACAAACUUGCAAAAAGAACAGUUUAAACCUCAGGACUAUCCUACAACAAAAUGAAAUAUGAAGCACUAUACUAUCCAUUGUUGAAACAGAAAAAUAAUGUUUAUACUUUCACUACCCUAUGAAUUUUACCAAAGGCUUGAUCAUCGCUGAUUGAAAACCUUACCACUUUCCUCCACAGACCUUGAUAUGCCCAAGGACUUGGAAGUGAGCGAGUCCACAGAGACCAGCAUGACCCUGGUGUGGAAGAGACCACGAGCCAAGAACACCAUCUACAGGCUGGUGUACAUCUCCAGGGAUGGCCGGAGGGAGGAGGUGGAGGUCCCUGGAACAGCCACCACCUACAACCUCAACAACCUGACCCCCGACAUGAUGUACACCAUCACCCUGGUUGCUGAGAGGGGCUCAAAGAAGAGCACACCUGCCACCCUGUCCACAUCUACAGGUGAGGGUUGAAACAGGAUCUUCACAAUUGACUCCACCCUCAUAUUGCAAGGCACAAACAUGUAUGGGUGAGCCGUUAAGAAAGUAGUUUCAGUUCUGCUCUCUGCAAAUAGCCAUUUUCCAGUAUACAAUAAUAUUUUGCCAAUUUGAAGUCAUAGAUUUGGUUUCAGGUCUGGGUAAAAAACAGUCUCUGGUGGGAAACUUUCAGCAAGUGCUAAACGUAUGGAUCCUAUUGCACUGCUAACAGUUUUGAAUUGCAUUUUAUAAUCCUAAAAGAUAAAAGACAUCUGCAACAGCUUUACCAACCUAAACAUAUUUUCACAACACAAAUUUCCUCAGAUACAUACCAAUAUUUGACAGAAGAAUGUGGAAUUACUAAGGGCAAGGAUCCGGUAGUUGUAGGCUACAACUUACUUUAAUAGUGGGACAAAAAUAGACAACACUGAGGUCAACAGUAACAGUGCAGAAAGACACACAAUCUCUAAAUGUCUCCCUUAUCUGAAUUUGUGCCUUUGUGUUUCUCUUGUAGCCUCUUUCACGUUUUACAUAGCCAACCCGGUCCCUGAGCUUACCACUCCCAUAGGCUCGGAAGACAAUAUCAUUAGCUUUGUGUCAUUAGACCCCUCCGACCCAGACCUACAGAUCUCAGGGGUGGGGCUUGAGCUCGAGGAUGAGCUGGGAGAGCUGACUGUCUCAGUUGUAACGUCCGAAGGAUUUGAACUUUCGUGGGAACCAAAGGCACAUGUUGCCUAUGAUAGUUAUAUUUUAGAAUGUAGAGACACUCUGGGAUUAUGGGAUGUAAAAGAGGUCCAUCUCCGUGGAGAUGCCAAAGGUUCUAGAAUUCAAGGCCUGAGGGAAUCCACAGAAUAUCGAGUAAAGCUUUACGGAGUAAGCAAUAGCCAAAAGAUCCUCCCCGCUUGAAGCAGUCACCGUUACAGGUAUAUGCUUUACUUUUGGGCUGUAUGCCUUCAGUACAAUAGAUAUCCCUUUGUUGUUGAACGUUGCUCAUUUUAAGUCUACCUGGAUAACAAAGUCAGGAUUUGAACAAAAGAGUUGCGAAAUUCAAAACCAAGCCUUUCAUGUUCUGCAUGAAGGUAUUGCAAUUUUAAACUGCAGUGGAUCAGUACGCAUGGCAUGAUAUUAAGGGUUUGAGAUAAUACCAUCUUUACAAAAUGACCAUUUGGCUUCAUUCCAUCCAGUCACUUCUUGCAUGCUGAGGACGGCAAUCCUAAAACGGAAAGUGUUGCUUUCAAACUAUGAAGAGGAAUCCAUGCCUUCUCUAUUCCAGAGAAAUUCAGAUGAAGGACAAUACUAAAAUUGGUUAUAGCAAAUAUAGCAAUGGAUACUGUGACUGUAAAUGCUGUCAUUUGCAGGGCAUAAUUUGCAACUUUAUGUCAGCAACAAUGCUAUCUAUGGGUUGUUUAAAAACACCUUGUGGAAACCCCCCCCCCCCCCCCCAAAGAGGUUUGUUAUCAGAAAAGUUGAUACCUUCUAGCUGAAGAGAUAAAGCAUUAAGAAAAUCUGUGUAUUCCUCGGAAUGGCUACUUCAGAGAGGUCACCAUGUCUCCACUGUUUCCCUCCAGAUCAGCAUGACAUCCAGAAAAGUCAAUUAGACUACAUUUGCACACCAAUUUCCUCCUUCAUUAGAGUUUUUAAAAGCAACCAUUUUUUUCUCUGUAUGUCUGUGCCAACAAACUCAUCCACUUCACUGUCAUUCCUUGCGAUCCCAUCCACAUUGCAUUUUCAUCCUCAAAUGUUUACAGUAUUGCUUGCAAAGGACAAUGUUAAAAGAACAUAUGCAUCUUGAAAUAACAAGACUUGAAUCAAACUCUAAGGUGUUCGACCAGGGUUCUGUUCCAAUAUCCACACUUGCAUGGUACACUAGUGGUAACCUAAUAUGGAUAUUGGAACAUAGAGAAAGUUGUUGGAUAACUUUGGCAGUGCAUGGCUUCUUCAUCCAUUUGAAGUGUACUGGGUACUGUCACUACGGUGGACUAUUCGGAACCUUCAAAAAUUAAUGGCCCUCGUUCAGGGGCCAUUAAUGCAUGAGCUGCUCAGUGUAAAUGUACGUCUCCGAUGCAUGUGGAAGUUUAUGGUCCCUGACAACAAGAGAACCUGCACAGCACCAUAGAGAGAAAAUGUUGAUGAAUGAUGAAUGCAGAAUUAUCCCUUCCAAACCUCAAUGGGAGAAAAUGAGACAAAAGACAAUGUACCUUUUGUUGCUGUAAUCAAUCAUUAUGCUUUUGUGGGUAUUUAUGAUUAAUAUUUUACUCCACCAGUUAUUUCUUCUAACCAGAUCUUCUUCCCACAGGUUAACCACUCUUUUUGUUUUUAUUCUUCCCCUUUAGAGGUUACAGGUUACACAUUUAAUCCUUUUGAAUGUACUUUAAUUUAGCACCCAAGUCUACCUCUACUGACGUAGUCGCACUGAGUGUCAAAAGCGCUCAGACAACACAGUCUCCUGACACAGGAGCUGUUCAUCCAACAGUCCUUCCCCUGGCUCCUCUGAUCACAGAGGGGCUUACGUCUACAUCUCUGUACACCACGGGGGACCUCCCCUCUGGGGCUGAACCUGAACCAGAGGGAUCCAGCCUGGAGACGCUAGGGGACCUCAAUGUCACAGACGUGAGCCCCACUAGCGUGAGGCUAGCCUGGUCAGCCCCAGAUGAAGCCUUUGAUAGCUUUUUGGUGGAGGUGAAUGCUCUGUCAGGGAUGGCACAAGCUCAUGUGACCAUGGUACCAGGAAGUGCCAGGAAGACCCAUAUAGAAGGCUUGUCCCCUGGGACACGUUAUGAGGUUUCGUUGUAUGGGAAGGUGGAGGGGGAGCAGUCUCUGCCUCUUCAUGCUUUUGCCAAUACAGGUACAUGGAGCAGUGUUUAUUUGCCAUAGACAUCCAUAACCAUCAGUCAUCUUUCUCUCUAUCCCUCCCUCCAUCCUAUCCUUAUUAAUUUCAUACAUCCUCUGAUUCUUCCAUCUGUUUUUGUAUUCAUGUGUUCUGUGUCAUCAUAACUGACUAAGAAAGUGCUGCUGAAACACAUCACUGUUUAAUCCCUGCAAUACAUUGUAUAGUUGAUGUGAAAUAUAUGCAAUAUAUAUGGCAGGGUUCCCUAACUUUCAGCCCUCGGUUGAUUUUAUUUGCCCCAAAGUUUUUUUGUUGUUGUAUUUAAAUUUUUUAUUGUUGGACAUAAAAGACUAAAAACUCCAGCAAGUCAGCUCCAAGUGAUUUCAAUUUUGGAAAUCUAUUCUAUUCUAAGUAUUUGCAUGCAUAAUAGAGAGAUACAGUAUAUGUGAUCAAAUAUAAAUGCAAGCAAGGUUUGAAAUGAUUGUUUUAGUCAAAUAUUAUAUCUGUUUGGGCUUCUUGCAGUCAAUUUGUGGUAUACAAAUGAUUUGUAAUUAUGUUCUGGCCCCCUGACCAUCCGCUCAAGAAAAAAAUUGGCCUAUGGCUGAAUCUAGUUGAUGAUCCCUGAUUAUGGGAUAUAAAAUAUAAUAUGAUGUGAAAUAUCGAUUUAUGAUAUAUUUCAUAUACUGUAUAUUUUAUUGACUGUACUAUGAUCUGUUUGUCUGCUAGAGGAGCUGAGGCCUGUGGUGGCCAACCUCACAGUCUCUGACGUGACAUGGGACAGCUUCAAUGUGUACUGGACUCCCGAGGACGGGGAGUUUGAGAGCUUUGUCAUUGAGGUGACAAACUUAGAGGGAGGUCCAGAGAGUGAGAACCUCACCCUGUCGGCUGAUGCCUUCAACCUGGGCAUUUCUGGCCUGAGUCCUAACACUUUGUAUAGGAUUGGCCUGUACGGGCUCCGCCAGGGCUCCUUCCAGGAGCCGGUGUAUACUGAAGUCACUACAGGUACCUGCGAAUGGAGGUGUCCCCCAAGGUUCUGUCCUUAUCCCUCUCUCUUUCUUACUUGUUAUUUUUUUCUGCCUUUUGAGCAAUUUCUCUCUAUUUCGGUUAGGAUCUGUGGUGAACAGCACACACACACACACACUUGCCUGUUUCCAUUCACAUUCAAGUAUCCACAGCACUGCACGUAGCAAGCAAGCAAGAUCACUGACGUAACCCUUCAAUUGAGCCUUUUAUGACCAAUGACAAUGUUUCAUUCUAACAACACCAUGCCAUAUGUCAUUCUUACCCUCCAGCCACUCUGUCAGUCUUUCACUACAGGGCAGGGUGCUGGGCAUCACCCACACAAACCUUUACCCUAUAACUGAAACAAGCAAGCUGUCCGCAAAUGACCAACCUCACCCUGUCUCGCCCCCUCCUCACAUUCAAUCCCAUGACCUGAGUGCAUGAAGCCCUCCCCUCCUCCCAUUACAUGCAUCGUGGUGAGUUUUGAUGUGCUGCAAUGAUUGAAAAAGAAAACCAACCAACACCUCCUCCCUCCCAUCCACAUUAAACAGUGUCCAUUCGUCAUCAUUCCAUCAACCCCCCCCCCCCCUUAACCUAUAGCUUGUUUGCCUGUUGGAGUCAUGCUUUAACUGAGUGGCCAGAACGGCUGAGUGACAUUAGAUGUCUAUGAAUUGGCUUCAGUACGAGAGAGACUGGAAAUGUAGGCCUAAUAGUAUACAAUGAACAGUGGCGGCUGCUGAGGGGAGAACAGCUGGCUGGAACGGAGCAAAUGGAAUGGCAUCAAACACCUGGAAACCAUUUGUUUGAUGUAUCUUAUACCAUUACACUGAUUCUGCUCCAGUCAUUACCACGAGCCCGUUUCUCCCCAAUUAAGGUGCCACCAACCUCCUGUAACAAUGAAUACUAUGUACUGUAUGUGUGGGGUAAGAACAUCAACUCCUCUUUUAGAUAUGAUAUUUGUGAAACAUUGUUUAUUCCAACUACAGUGCAACAAAAAUAGCAAAUUAUUGUCCUACUCUUAACUUGUUUGUGAAUGUCUCCCCUGCACAUAAGUUCUCUCUUUCCCUUGUCAACAAACUCUUCCAAAGGCAUGGAGUGUGUUCUAACAUCAUCACCCAUCCAUGUUAUUAACAUCAUAAGUGAAUGACUCUCCUGCUUGGGUUUGGCAAUGUAGUAUCUCACCAACAACAUGUCCACUGUCUUCUAGCCCAGGGUUCUCCAACUCCCGUCCUGGAGAGCUACUGAGUAUCCAUGCUUUUGUUCCAGCCCAGCACUAACUACAGGUGAAUAGUUUAUUAUUUGAAACAGGUGAGUUAGUGCUGGGCUGGAACAAAACCUUACAUUACACUCCCAGUAGCUCUCCAGCACCGGAGUUGGAGACCCCUGCCUUAAGUUUUGACACUAAAUUCAACUGUACACUUUCGUCAAAAAGCAUACUUGUCAAGUCUAGCAAAUCUGAAGCAACCUUUUAUUGUCAUGGAUACCCUGUCCUGUUGAGUUUCUUUCUCUCUCCGGCACUUUGGCUCUGUGUCACUCUCCCUGUUUGUGUCUAUGUCAGUGUCUUACUCUGUCUUGUCUGUGCACUGAACAAAAAAUGCACAUCUAUUUUUAGAAUAAGAGCUAGUCCUGACAUGGCUUAAGUUGGAAUAAUGAUGAUAUCACUUACACUUUAUAUGGCACAAAUGCUAUUAUUAUUCAUGUGACACAAUAUGAUCAGUUCUGAUGUGUUACACUGCAAUAUAUUUUCACCUUUCUUUAGUCUUCACCACACCUCCAAAGCUUGCCAUUGUAUUGUCAGAAUGAAAACGUGCAUGUCAUUCAUUUUUCAUUAUAUUCAAAGACUAUCGAGAAUGGCAGGUGUGAGGUGAGUGCCAUGUGAAAUUGAACUUAUUAUUCUCCUAUAUCUUUGAUAAACAAAACAAAAUCAUCUAUUAUCUAUUAUCACCCCCUUAGAUAGCUAAUAUAUGUAGCAGCCAAAAUAGUGAUUUCAUAGACAAUAGGCAUAUUGCAUUUCACAUUUUAGCUCCAAUCCAAUAACUGUUUCUUCCUUUAGUGAGCGAGCCAGUGGUUGGCAAUCUGUAUGUAUCUAAUUUAACGUCCGAGAGUUUCUCCAUCUCCUGGAAUGGCACUGAGGGAGAGUUUGACGGUUAUGUCCUGGAGAUUAUUGAUUCAGAUUGGCUGAAGGAGCCAAAGGAAUAUAAAAUAUCCCAGAAUGCAAUGUCUCAUGACAUCACAGGGCUAAAGCCCAGCACUGACUAUAUAGCAUACCUCACUGGGAUUGCCAAGGGAUCGCGAACCCAUGCUGUCAGUAUUAUUGCAUCAACAGGUAUUUCUAUUUUAUUUAUUUCUAAAGCCAGAGUGAGCACAUUAUUACUUUGCUCCAUAUUGACGUUUACAAUGCUUUUUUGAUAAUUUUUCUUGAGCACACUUAAUUAUUAUAUAAAAUAAUAUUUUUUGGUGACUACCCAUUGACUUCAUUAUAAUCUGGAUCACUUGAAGUGUUUGACACUGGAUUCAAUGGAAAAUUGAGGGGGAAAAAAAGGAUAGUAACAGUGUGCCACCCUUAAAAAAAUGAAUGAAUGCUGAUUUUUCUCUCCUCUGUAGCUGCAGAGCCUGACUUGUCCAGGCUAGUUGUUUCUAACGUUACCUCAGACAGACUUUCACUGUCGUGGAGGACGGGGGAGAAGGCUUUUGAUAACUUUAUAGUAGAAGUCAGAGAGUCUGCUUUGCCCUCGCAGGCCAUGGGCCGCACCCUGCCUGGAGUGGCACGCGACACAGUUAUGACUGGCCUCAAGGGGAGUACAACCUACGACAUCAAACUGUACGCCAGCUCCGCUGGACAGAAUACGCAGCCCCUAUUCGCUGUAGUCACCACAGGUAUUGCAUCGCAUGUAUUUUUUUUCUCCAUAUGUUUCAUUAUAACAUAUUACAAUUCUGAAUUCAAAAGCUAUUACUCUUAACUAGCUCAUGAGCAGUCAAACCCAGACUAUGAAAAUAAUCAUAACUUUAUAGUUGCAACCAUAGUUUUUAUAUCAUACUCCUCAUCUCCCCUAAUUCAAAAUCACUAUUCUCUUUUGUCCAGAGGCUGUCCCACAGUUGGGCGCAAUAGCUGUGUCCGAUUCUAGCCCCGAUAACUUUACCCUGUCCUGGGGCACAGUGGCUGGUCACUUUGACGGCUUUGUUAUCCGGGUCAGUGACCCUGAACAGUUGUUUGAUACACUGGAGUUCACGCCAUCUGGCGAGGUCCGUAACAUUACCGUCACUGGCCUAGUGGACGCCACUGACUAUGACAUUGAGCUGUACGGUAUUUCUCAUGGCCGCCGCACCCCUUCCCUUUUAUCCCAUGCCGUCACAGGUACUAUGUCAUUUACUCAUAUCUUAACACAUAUUUUAAAACACUGACAGGGCAGAAAUGUGUGUCCCAUUAGCUAAAUAAUUGCACAUGACCUCUCCAGGGACCAACCCAGGUUUAAGCGGGACUAAUUUGCAGGUUUUCAAUAGUGUACAAGUGAACAUUACAAAGAGGUGUUUUGGACACAAUAUUCUUGGAUGAGAAUCUUCACUUUAGUGUUUCAACACCCCCUUGUAUCUACAUGAUAUGUCCACAGUUUUUUAUUAGGAGUUUGUCACCCAUUUAUGAACAUGAUAUCAAUCUAUUUAGGCAAUGUGCAUGACUAGAUUAUCCUAAUUGAAUUGGGGUUCUACUGUGCCGAAGACUACAAGUACUUUUGCAAUCAUUGCACACAUCAACUACCAUAUGUAUUCUCACCACGUCUUAUCCCUCCUCACCCCGACCCAAAAAACUCCCGCUCCCUUCAGCAUCAUUACCCAAAGUGGAAAACUUGACCAUUUCGGAGAUCACCCCAUUCGGCUUCCGCGUGUCCUGGGAGGCGCAUCAUCCUCAACAACAGGAAGGGGCUCCCUCUACUGGUGGCUUUGGCCACUUUCACAUAGUGGUGUCAGACUCAGGCUGGCUACUGGAGCCUCAGGAGUUCACUGUCCCUGGCAACCAGAGCUUCCUGGACAUCUGGGGCCUGAUCACUGGCAUAGGCUAUGAGGUCAGGCUGACUGGGAUAUCCAGUACUGGGCUGGUCUCCCGCCCACUGACCACAGUGGCUGUGACAGGUACCACCCACAGAGGCGUCAUCGCCGUUGAAAAUGAGGGGGCAUGAGCCCCCUACCAAUUUGAUCAAUUUGUAGGAUAAAAGGUAUACAAGAUAUAGAUGAUCUUUCUCUCAAUUCAUUCAAAUACAUUGAAUUCGGUCAUCAGUGCCCCCUCAAAAAAUAAGGUGCAUGAUACCUCUGGCCACACUGCACACACUGUAGGUCGAAAUCCUAAGAUGCACACAAGUAACUUGGAGUUAGGAUUUGGCCCUGUACAAAGAGGCUUCUCCAUCACGGUGAGGUGUCAGUUGGGAAAGCUUGUGGGAUUGGUCACUAUUCAGUCGAAGUGAAAACACAGGUAUACUUUACUUACUCAAUGGGGUGAUGGAUUCCCAACUUGUACUUAUACUGUAUCACAAAAACUAGUAGACCUUUCCACUGUAAUCUUCUGAGAAAGGAUGAGAUAUUAAUGCCAUCAAUGCCUUGCUUUGGUGGGGAAGCCUCAACACACAACCCAACUACCUCCUCCAACAUCUCCCUUCCUUUUCUAGAGCGAUCUGAUUACUCUUAAUCUGUUCUUCAUCCUCUUCCUGUUUGAAGCAUCAUGGAGGUCUUGCCUGUGUUUUCGGUUUGAAGCUUAAUUGUUACAGCGAAGAAGUGGUGCUCUGCUUUUUCCGCUCUUCAAAAUAUGAAAAUAUGUUUUCAUAUUUUAAACUGUGUUUUCCCCUCAGAUUUCUCGUAAUGUGACACUGUGAACGUUACGGUGUAAAGGAUGCCAUUUUCAGUGGACACAUUUCACUGUCACACCACUAAGAAUUGUUUGAGGUAGGCUAAUCAAGCCUUAUCUAAGUUUCACCUGUAAAUAUUAGACUGAUAAGGCAUUAAGUUGUUUCGAGUUGAAAAUGUCUGAGGAUGAUUAUGGACCAUUGAUUGGAUAAUAGGCCUAGCCUAUAAGUAGGAAAACACAGACAAAUCAACAUGGCAUUUUCAGCAUGAAAUGUCAGUUGACCUAACCACUCAUUUUUUUCUUUACCUUUGAAUGCACUGAAUGCAGGGCUGGCAUUGAGGACGCAUGCAGGUGUGGAUGGAUUGUUAUGGCCAAAAUCCUUGGCUUGUUGCAACAAUCAUGGAGAAUAGUGAUUGCGGAUGUCGAUUUUGCUAAUUGACGUCAAUAAAUGUCUCCACAACCAUGAACGUGUCUAUUUCACAAUAAAAUAACGAAGGAAUGCAAAGCACCUUGACGAUUUGAAAGCAUGUCAGAGUGGUGGUAGCAAGUUCAUGAGAAUUUAACCAAAAACUAGGAGGCCUACUCUCUCACCUUUUCCAUCUGGUCGCCGUCGUCAAUUUAGUUUUCUAGUAAUUGGGUGAAUGUUUCUCAACAAAUACGUCGAAUUGAAUUCCCUUUCCAACCAGAGGCUGAGCCAGAAGUGGAGCACAUGUUCGUCUCGGACAUCACUUCAGACAGUUUUCGCCUGGCCUGGACCGCGGAUGAAGACAUGUUUGAUAGAUUUGUGAUCAAAAUUAGGGACUCCACAAAGUUUGCGCAUCCACAAGAAGUCAACGUCCUCGGUGACGAGCGAACCAAGGUUUUAACGGGACUCACCGGCGGCACCGAGUACGAAAUCGAGCUGUACGGUGUCACUUUGGAACAGCGCUCCCAACCAAUUACCGGUGUUGCUCGAACAGGUAUUUUAAUAGAGCGACUAUUUUCUGACAGUCUGAACUAUCAGUGAAUGCCGAAGCACAAUGUGGUCUGCAUCUCACAUCUCUCGUCUGGUUACUCUGGAAACAGGUGUCUUGAUUACAAGAUGCAAUACUGAUCUUUGUUUUGACUGGGUUUUGUAAUAAUACCUUUUGUUUUCACUGGUUUUCUUUUCCAAGGUGUAUGCCUUCAGGGAAAUAUCUAAAUUGCCACUGAUCAUUAUUUGAUGUGCUAAUAGUCCUGUGAGCAUCAAGGGACCUAACAAUUGGUUUUGCAUGUCUCUUUUUCACCAUGAACAUGGAGACAUGUUUUUGCAUUAGAUUGUGCUGCUUCUUAUGCCUGGCUUUAAAUGCAGCUCAAAGUCCAUGUGUUUUGAUGCCCAUUUAUAGUCUCAUUUUCAUAGCCUAUACAUUUUACUGACCACUAAAUUGAUUAGAGUUAAAGACGCAAACAUUUUUGCUUUUUGUAGCAUGUUUGGCAAAAGUUUCAUGGGUUAGUAUUCAUGCAUUGAAAUGUGCUCCCUAAAGAGCCCCCUUUUUAGCCUAUAGGGAUGUGUGAUAUGCACAUCUGUUGAUCUGUGGAUUGCAGCAGGUUGCAGCACGUUUCAAUCCUACUCUGGCUGGGGUGAUUGUGGUGGGCCUUUGUCUGUUUUCAGCAGCAGAUGGAAUUUUGUGUGUCUUUGUGUGCAUUUCUGAUUUGUCAGUGUGUAUAUUGACACACCAUAGGGCAAUAGGCCUAUUCCGUUUAAUAAACUGACCUCAGUAGAAUCGAUUCCUGAUCAAAAAACAAACUCAAACAGAUCAAUCUAACUUUUCUCAUUUUUGUGCUUGCCUUUUUAACCCUGACCUCAUCGCUGUGCCAGGCCUGGGCGCUCCAAGGGGCAUCCGCUUCUCUGAAGUUACUGAGUCCUCGGCCAUAGUCCACUGGAUCAUGCCUCGUGCCAGAGUGGAUAGCUACCGCAUCAUCUAUGUGCCUCUCCAAGGAGGUGAGUGAAUAGCCUCUUAUAUCUUAUAGUGGCAGUAAAGUCUACCUAUUAUAAUAAGGAUAUUGGAUUGCAUUUAUAUAGUACUUUAGGCCUCAAAACGGCUUCAUGUGUCAUGGGGGGAGGAAUUUUCUCUCCAUUUUUUUUUCAAAUUGGACAAAGCACUCUCUCUAGUGGAAUAUAGAGUAAUCACAAGGUUUCUUCACACAAUCAUUUACACUAGUGUAAAACUGUGAAUAUCUCCAGCUGCUACCAAGGGAGGGAAAGGAAAUCAGUUCCUUAAAGUGGAUUUAACAGCACAAUUUAACAUAAAUGAAAUCAGUUCCUUAAAGUGGAUUUAACAGUACAAUUUAACAUAAAUGAACAUUUAUUUACUUUUGAAUAGAAUAAUGUAAAGUAGCAUAUAUGCAAUAUUUCCUCUCAUCAACAGGUAGCCCAAUGACAGUGCUAGCAGAUGGGACUGAGACCCAGGCCUUGCUGCCUAACAUGUUGCCAGGAGUGACCUACCAGGUGACCAUCUUCGCUGUGAAGGGCCUGGAGGAUAGUGACCCGGGGACAGAGAACAUCACCACAGGUGUCUGACUACUCUUUAGCAUACAUUUACACAAUUGACCUUUUACUAAAUACAUGAAAUGAUAUAAUACAUUUACAUUCAAGUCACAGUGCUAUGAGGAGGAUAGGCAGAAGUAUCUCUGUCAUGCAUAGACAUUAUGAGCAUUUCAUAAAUCAUUAGCUUAGUACAUUCAUACUCAACAGCACAUAUGGUACUCCUCUACUCUGUCCCACCCCAGUCAAUUAUUCCUGGAAAAAGUAUGACAUCAUUGUAUGGGGUUGUUUGCAGGUCAUAAUACUGUCAGUACCGGUGUUUGUUUGCUGAAGCUGUUGUGGCUGCAGGCCUGUGUCUGUAACAAAGCUGUGUAUUUUCCUCCUCCUUAGCUCUGGACAGGCCUCAGGGUCUUUCUGCUGUCAACGUCACAGACACGACCUGCCCUGCUGCUAUGGAAACCAGCUCUGGCCACCGUCGAUGGCUACGUCAUCACCUACAGUGCAGAUUCAGGUGUGUGUGUUUCACAAGAGGCCCAAGGCACAGAUUGCCAGGAGCUGACAUGUAUUUGUGUACAUGAUGUAUAUUUAUCAAUGGUAUCCCUCAUCACUAGCCAAAUAGACACAGCACAAUAGGACUGUUGGUGGUGGUAACCUGGUGGUAAUAUUGCUCUCUUUCCUCUGAUGUCUGCAGUGUCCCCUGUGAUGGAGCAUGUUUCUGGAAACACGGUGGAGUUUGAGAUGGGCUCCCUGGUUCCUGCCACCCACUACACAGUUGGAGUGUACGCCAUGACGGAUGCACAUAAGAGUGGCACCACCACCACUGAAUUCACCACGGGUAGCUCUCCAAUUAGAGGCUAUAUAUAUUUUUAAAUUUUUUUUUUUGGGGGGGGGGGGGUUCAUUUAGCAGACGCUCUUAUCUAGAGCGACUUACAGUUAGUAAGUGCAUACAAUUUUUUCAUACUGGCCCCCUGUGGGAAACGAACCCACAACCCUGGUGUUGCAAGCGCCAUGCUAUACCAACUGAGCUACACGGGGCAGUGUAGGAUAUAUAUAUGAGCACUGAGUCUGAUGUAGUAUUUUAUUGUUCAUAAAUUCAAUGAAGUGCAGUAUUGUAUUGUCCAUGUAUUCGAUAUUAACACAUCUGUGAUAUCAUUAUGUAGCACAUGUUUAACAUAGUGUUGUAUGUGAUCCUUCCACCUCCAUGUUUGUGUCUGUAGAUGUGGAUUCUCCUCGUGACCUGGCGGCCAGUAACAUCCAGACAGACAGUGCCACUCUCACUUGGAAGCCUCCGCGUGCCGCCAUCACUGGAUACAUCCUCACCUUCACCUCAUCCGACGGCACGGUCCGGGUACGGGUUUAUUAGUCCGCAUACUGGCCCCCACAAUCGAUCACCAAUGGCUAUUUUACAGCUACAGUGAGGGAAAAAAGUAUUUGAUCCCCUGCUGAUUUUGUACGUUUGCCCACUGACAAAGACAUGAUCAGUCUAUAAUUUUAAUGGUAGGUUUAUUUGAAAAGUGAGAGACAGAAUAACAACAAAAAAAUCCAGAAAAACGUGUCAAAAAUGUUAUAAAUUUAUUUGCAUUUUAAUGAGGGAAAUAAGUAUUUGACCCCUCUGCAAAACAUGACUUAGGACUUGGUGGCAAAACCCUUGUUGGCAAUCACAGAGGUCAGACGUUUCUUGUAGUUGGCCACCAGGUUUGCACACAUCUCAGGAGGGAUUUUGUCCCACUCCUCUUUGCAGAUCUUCUCCAAGUCAUUAAGGUUUCGAGCCUGACGUUUGGCAACUCGAACCUUCAGCUCCCUCCACAGAUUUUCUAUGGGAUUAAGGUCUGGAGACUGGCUAGACCACUCCAGAACCUUAAUGUGCUUCUUCUUGAGCCACUCCUUUGUUGCCUUGGCCGUGUGUUUUGGGUCAUUGUCAUGCUGGAAUACCCAUCCACGACCCAUUUUCAAUGCCCUGGCUGAGGGAAGGAGGUUCUCACCCAAGAUUUGACGGUACAUGGCCCCGUCCAUCGUCCCUUUGAUGCGGUGAAGUUGUCCUGUCCCCUUAGCAGAAAAACACCCCCAAAGCAUAAUGUUUCCACCUCCAUGUUUGACGGUGGGGAUGGUGUUCUUGGGGUCAUAGGCAGCAUUCCUCCUCCUCCAAACACGGCGAGUUGAGUGGAUGCCAAAGAGCUCGAUUUUGGUCUCAUCUGACCACAACACUUUAACCCAGUUCUCCUCUGAAUCAUUCAGAUGUUCAUUGGCAAAAUUCAGAUGGGCCUGUAUAUGUGCUUUCUUGAGCAGGGGGAUCUUGCGGGCGCUGCAGGAUUUCAGUCCUUCACGGCGUAGUAUGUUACCAAUUGUUUUCUUGGUGACUAUGGUCCCAGCUGCCUUGAGAUCAUUGACAAGAUCCUCCCGUGUAGUUCUGGGCUGAUUCCUCACCGUUCUCAUGAUCAUUGCAACUCCACGAGGUGAGAUCUUGCAUGGAGCCCCAGGCCAAGGGAGAUUGACAGUUAUUUUGUGUUUCUUCCAUUUGCGAAUAAUCGCACCAACUGUUGUCACCUUCUCACCAAGCUGCUUGGCGAUGGUCUUGUACCCCAUUCCAGCCUUGUGUAGGUCUACAAUCUUGUCCCUGACAUCUUUGGAGAGCUCUUUGGUCUUGGCCAUGGUGGAGAGUUUGGAAUCUGAUUGAUUGAUUGCUUCUGUGGACAGGUGUCUUUUAUACAGGUAACAAACUGAGAUUAGGAGCACUCCCUUUAAGAGUGUGCUCCUAAUCUCAGCUCGUUACCUGUAUAAAAGACACCUGGGAGCCAGAAAUCUUUCUGAUUGAGAGGGGGUCAAAUACUUAUUUCCCUCAUUAAAAUGCAAAUCAAUUUAUAACAUUUUUGACAUGCUUUUUUCUGGAUUUCUUUGUUGUUAUUCUGUCUCUCACUGUUCAAAUAAACCUACCAUAAAAAUUAUAGACUGGUCAUUUCUUUGUCAGUGGGCAAAUGUACAAAAUCAGCAGGGGAUCAAAUACUUUUUUCCCUCACUGUGCAUUUUCCAAAGUGCUUUACAUUAUGAAUAAAGAUUGAUUUGAUUUGAUACAGGAAGUUGUCCUGAAUCCUACAGCCACAUCGUACAGCAUGAGUGAGCUGGUUGGCUCUUCAGAAUACAGUGUCAGGCUACAGGCCAUCGCUGGAGCCCAGCGGAGCCGUCACGUCACCACCGUCUUCACCACCAGUAAGUAGACUGCUACACACACCACCUCCUUACCAUCACAGCUUUAAAAUGGGCAGAUCUCAAGUGAUGCCCUAUUUCCUAUGUAGUGCACUGUUUUUGACGUGUGUGUGUGUGUGUGUGUGUAGUUGGAGUUUUGUACAGAUACCCUAAGGACUGCUCGCAGGCUAUGCUGAAUGGAGACACGAUCUCUGGCACCUACAACAUCUACCUGGGAGGGGACGAGAGCCAGCCCAUCCAGGUCUACUGUGACAUGACCACCGACGGAGGCGGAUGGAUGGUGAAGAACAAACACACACACACACACACACACACACACACACACACACACAGGUCUAAACACCAGGUUUGAUUGGAUUGACCUUUAGAUGUUUGUGAUAACACUGAAGCUAAACCAAAGACAUCAGGGCUUGUAUAUGACAGGUUCUGUCAACUCUCUUUACAGGUGUUCCUGAGGCGUCAGAAUGGAAAGCUGGAGUUCUUCAGGAACUGGAGGAACUACACCGUUGGCUUUGGGGACAUGAAUGAUGAAUUCUGGUUUGGUGAGUCCAUAUCUCUCCACCCCUCCUUUAUUUGUAUUUAAUUUCCUCUCUUUAUUCAGUAUUUGUGGCCCAUGCAGGAGUCAAACCACAAUCCUGGGGUUGCAUCACCAUGCUCUAACCAAUUGAGCCAUAGGAAACAAGGAAUGGCACUGUGAUUUCAUUUCCUGUUGUUUCAGGUCUGGCCAACCUCCAUAAGAUGACGGCAGCAGGCCAGUACGAGCUGCGUGUGGACCUGAGGGACAACGGGGAGUCGGCCUACGCUCAGUAUGACAAUUUCACCAUUGCAGAGCAACGCAGCCGCUACAAGAUGUACUUAGGAGGGUUCAGCGGCACAGCAGGUAAGGACAAUUAUGAUAAUAGAUGUGUUUACUAGUGCUCCUGCAUAGAAAAUAUAAUCAAAUCUAACUUCAUUAAAAUUCCAUUGAAAUAUACCAAUACACUUUACAGUAAAAGAAAGUCACAAUAAAAGACAAACAAUAUAACUAUGAUUGAACUAUCCAUAUUUCUUCACACCAGUCAAUGUGCUUCUUUUGUUUCCUAGGUGACUCUCUGACCUAUCACCAUGGCCGGCCAUUCUCCACGUACGACAAUGACAAUGACAUUGCAGUAACCAACUGUGCCCUGUCCUAUAAGGGUGCCUUCUGGUACAAGAACUGCCAUCGUGUCAACCUCAUGGGAAAAUAUGGUGACAAUAGUCACAGCAAGGUACGGAAAGUGUGACCUACAAAGUAUUGACUUCCUUUCUGCUAUCAGUGUGUGUGUGUGUGUGUGUGUGUGUGUCUGUGUGUGUGUGUGUGUGUGUCUGUGUGUGUGUGUGUGUGUGUGUGUGUGUGUCUGUGUGUGUGUCUGUGUCUGUGUCUGUGUGUGUGUGUGUGCGUGCAUAUAUUAUAUUCUGGUCAGAGUAUGAAACAAGAUUAUUUCAUUUAUUACAUAUAAUUUUGAAAUACUGCUGUGUGUAAAAUAUAUACAUGUAAAAAAAAAAGUAUACUUUUUUUCAGGGUAUCAACUGGUUCCAUUGGAAGGGACACGAACAUUCAAUCCAGUUCGUCGAGAUGAAGAUUAGACCCGUCAACUUCAGAAACUUUGAAAGCAGACGGAAAAGAUCAUAG